AGUCAGACACAUCAUUUCUGAAAAACUUCAAUAUUCUUCAACAGAAAAAACAAAAGAAAUUUUUUGGUUCGUCAACUGAAAGAUGACAGUGAUGAGAGAAAAUGGUUUUAAAGGAAGAGAAUCAGAAACCAUAAUACAAUCAAAUGGGGUUGAUAAGAUGUCAAGAAAGAAUACAAUAAAUGUUAGAAAUUGUGAGCCAAUCAAACUGAUGCUUGAGACAACACUUUCAUUCAAGAAUCUGGUUCAAGAAACUAAGGCAAAAUCAGAUGAAGUUUCCUUUCCUGAGCCUGCAAUUAUGUUUUCUCCUCGACCAGUUAGUGAGCUUGAUGCUGCAGCUGUUAAGCUUCAAAAAGUAUAUAAGAGUUAUAGGACAAGAAGAAAUCUGGCUGAUUGUGCUGUUGUGGUUGAAGAAUUAUGGUGGAAGGCAUUAGAUUUUGCAGCUCUAAAGAGAAGUUCUGUUUCAUUUUUCAAUGAUGAGAAGCCAGAAACUGCUGUUUCAAGGUGGGCAAGAGCACGUACUAGAGCUGCUAAAGUUGGAAAGGGAUUGUCCAAAGAUGAAAAAGCUCAAAAAUUGGCUCUGCAGCAUUGGCUAGAAGCUAUUGAUCCACGACAUCGGUAUGGACACAACUUGCAUUUCUACUAUGAUUUGUGGUUUGAGAGUGAAAGCUCUCAGCCUUUCUUCUACUGGUUGGAUGUUGGAGAUGGGAAAGAAAUAAAUCUAGAGAAAUGUCCUAGGACAAAAUUACACCAUCAAUGCAUCAAAUAUCUUGGACCAAAGGAGCGCGAAUCAUAUGAAGUAGUUAUUGAGAAUGGGAAGCUUGUAUAUAAACAAAAUGGAGAUUUUAUUCAGUCAGUAGAGGGUUCAAAGUGUAUAUUUGUUCUUAGCACAACAAGAACAUUAUAUGUAGGACAAAAGCAAAAAGGCACAUUUCAACAUUCAAGUUUUCUAUCUGGUGGUGCUAUCACUGCAGCUGGUAGACUAGUUGCUCAUGCUGGAAUUCUAGAGGCUAUUUGGCCAUAUAGUGGUCACUAUCACCCAACUGAAGAAAACUUCAGGGAAUUCAUUAGCUUUCUUGAAGAGCACAACGUCGACCUUACAAACGUUAAGAGAUGUGCAGUUGAUGAUGACUAUCAUUCAUUCAAUGUUAGCAACGAGGGCUCAAAUCGCCAAUCACAUGUGCAUCCUUCCAUUACCAAAGACUCUGAACAAAGAAGCACAUACGUCAACAAGAAACCGGAGGACAUUAUCAUCAAUGAGAAGGCACCAACAUUUAGCUUCGCUAAACAUUUGUCCAACAAAUGGACAACUGGAACUGGACCGCGUAUUGGUUGUGUUAGAGAUUACCCUACAGAAUUACAAUUCCGAGCACUUGAACAAGUUAAUUUAUCGCCUCGGGUGGCCAAUGUAGGCUUCAAUUUCUCUGGUCCAAUCCCCUCACCAAGACCAAGUCCAAAUAUCAGGCUUUCUCCUAGGAUUGCACAUAUGGGACUGCCUAGUCCUCGGACUCCUAUUUCAGCACCUAACUAAGCAACAUUUGAACCAAAUGAAGCACAUCUAGUGCAACUAGACAGGAGGAGAUGGGAGGGAUAAAACUAACUCAAAUCUUUAAUUUAUUUGUUCAUUCAUGUUUGUAUUUACUAGAUGGCUUCAUUGAGCCAAAGCAAAUAGUAUUUUAUGUAAAUUUUGAGGUAAUAAUUUGAUUAAUUUUCAAUACUUUUCAUUC